AUGGAGAUGCAGCUGGAAAGGGAGCCAGAGUCAUCAAACUGCAAUGUAGGUGAAAUGGAGAUGAUUGGAAAGAAGGUUAAUUGGAAGCAUCUUACAGUACAGUGCAAUUUAAGGAAGUUCAGCAAGGCUGUCAGAGAGGUUCUUAAGGCUUCGAGCCGCCGCCCUCCGCCUCGCCAGAAAACGUUGAAGAUCCAGGAUGUGGGGUUCAUGCCGAUGGGUGGCCUGGUGCCUGGUGCUGCCCCUGCCGCAACAGCCCCCGAGGCAGCAGAAGAAGACAUCCCCAAACAAAAAGAACGGACGCAUUUCACCGUCCGCCUGACAGAGGCAAAACCCGUGGACAAGGUGAAGCUGAUCAAGGAAAUCAAGAACUUCGUCCAGGGCAUCAACCUCGUCCAGGCGAAGAAGCUGGUGGAAUCCCUGCCUCAGGAAAUCAAAGCCAACGUGGCCAAGGCCGAGGCCGAGAAGAUCAAGGAAGCCCUAGAGGCAGUGGGCGGCACCGCGUUCUGGAGUAGCCGCCCAGAGGACUGUGGACAGGGGUCCCGGGCCCCGAGUGGGGCUCUACCUGCUCCUCGCGAAGCACCCAGGCUCAGCGGACAGAGUGGCCUCGGAGCAGAACUGGGCACCCGCACCACAUGGCCAACUCCGUUCUGGGACAGGUGUGGAUGGACCUGCUGAGAUGGGGAGGGAGGGACAGCCACGGCCCGUGCAGCCCCAGGGAGGACUCUAGAAACUACCAAAAGUGUACAUGCCCCGCUGUGGCCGCUGGGAAAAAUGCAUU